AUAAAUCAAACACCUUCCAGAUUUUAGCCUGUGGAUAGAAUUUAUCUGCAGAAUUUCACCCAAAUCUUGCACCAUUUUCGCGGAAAAGGAUGGGAUUGCUUCCGCUCGCCUCCAUUAAUUGAUGAACUAGUCUUAUAAUUUCGAAAGCCAGUGUUAUUACAAUCGUCGGAUAUAUUUGCAUCUGGGAAAUUUCUUAAUUUUGUUUCUAUGUGAAGUAUUUAAGAUGUCAGCUACAUUUCCCACAUCAUUAAUAGUUUCAUCUUCUCAUUCCAAUGAAUUUAUUAGGCUUUGCUUCUUGAAAUCCAAAGGGAAUGCUUCUUUCAAUUCUAAUUUCCGCUUUGUUGGUUGUAAAGUUCCAUUUACGGAAAAUAUCCAGGCAACCAUGCUAAAAUUUGCUUCCCUAAAGGGUGUGAAACCUGCUUAUCAGUCCCUUUUUGAAGACAACAUUAUAAUUUCUGAUUGGGAGGAUCAAGAAGGGGACACUGAAGAGAUGGGGUCACCUUGGGAAGGAGCAGUUACUUAUAAGAGGAACUCUUCAGUUUCUCAUGUGGAGUACUGCACAACAUUAGAGAGGCUUGGAUUUGAAAAGCUUUCGACCGAUGUCUCGAAAUCUAGAGCAUCGAAGAUGGGUCUGCGGGUAACAAAGGCUGUGAAAGAUUAUCCAUUCGGAACGCCUGUUCAAAUCUCUAUUGAUGUUACAAGGAAAGAAAAAAAGUUGAGGCUUGAUGGGAUUGUUAAAACUGUCAUCACUCUUGAUUGCUAUAGGUGUUGUGAACCUGCUGCUGAAUGUGUUUUCUCAAAUUUUUCACUUAUACUGAGCGAGGAACCGAUUGAGGAACCUGAGGUCAUAAACAUGGGAAUCAUCAGUGGGCAGGAUAAGUUCAUGACAUUCGAUCAAAAUAGUGAUCAAGAUGAUGAAGAGUUGAUUGAUUUGGAUGACCAACUCUACUUUCCUCCUGUAGAGAAAGAAAUAGAUAUAUCAAAGAACAUAAGAGACAUUUUGCAUCUGGAAAUCACAAUGAAUGCGAUAUGCAACCCGGGAUGCAAAGGUAUGUGUCUGAGAUGUGGUAUAAAUUUGAACAUUGGAAGUUGUAACUGUAGUAAACAGGAUGUAAAGAAGAAUGAUUUUGGUCCUCUUGGAAAUUUGAAAAGGCAAAUGCAGAAAAAUUCAUAAUAGUUGAAUGCAGAUCACUGUGUUCCUCAAAUUUUUUAUUUCCCUCUUAGGUGAGCUCUUCUACAAUCAUCUUUCUAUAAUUUCAUUCCUUUUUCCUUUUGAGCUAUAUUCAUUUAGAGCACCUACAAUACUGAAAAAUGUGUAUUAUUACUCUGCUUACUUGGGAUUGAACCCAAUCCCCUCUUUCUAAAUUUGAAUUGAAUAAUUUGAUGUGA